AUGCAGGAUGGUCCUCCGCAUAGGACUAGAGACGUGUUCGACCUUCUUCAACAAAAAUACAAUGGAAGAGUGAUUGCAUAUGGCUAUCCAAAUCAUGCAGGAGCUGGACUUGAAUGGCCACCUUAUAGCCCUGAUCUUAAUCCAUGUGACUAUUUUCUUUGGGGUUAUGUCAAAGACAAAGUUUAUGCAACCCAAAUAGACAACAUAGAACAGCUGAAAGCUGCCAUCUAUUCUGCUAUCAAUUCGAUAGACAGCAACACGCUUGCUAGAGUGAUAAGUAAUUUUUACAAACGUGUUGAAUGUUGUCAUGCGGCUGAUGAUGGACACUUUGAAAAACAUGUUUAA